AUGUUUAGGCAUAUAUCAAAGAACCGGGCGGUCCAGCUAGCCAGCAAGUACCAACGGUGUGGUGCUGUGAGGGGUAAUAGCAGCGGCGGUAUUCCUCUGAGCAUCGCAAGAAGUAGCAUCAGUUCUAGCAGCAGUACCCUUUCAGACCAUUCCAUGGUUAAUCUGUAUUAUAAUGGCGUUCUUCAAGAUCUUAAGAGAAGAGAUGGAAGUCUGAUCCAUGACAUGCCUUCGUUGGGGAUCAGUAACAAGUCUUUUAGUGAAAUCAAUAUGGAUGCUAUUCGUUCGAUUCCAGAUGGCGCUCGUAAGGAAGAACCAUGGUCUUCGCAAUAUGAUGAAGUCACCAGAUCUCCAUUUGCAAGAGACGUUGGACAUUUAGAGACCUUGUUGGAUGCCCUUGUCCAUAACAAGAACUUUGAAAGAGCAGAAAACAUUCUUCAUGCUCUCUAUCCAUUACUUGAUAAGAAACAAACGAUGAUUUUUUCAAUAAAUAAAUAUUUGGAAGCAUAUUCCAUGGAAGAAAGACAUACAGUGGAAGAUGUGGACCGAUUUGUAGAAUCAAUACUGAAAAAGUUUAUCGGAGUUAACCCAGAUGACAGAACAUUUGCCAUUCAAAUUGCCAAAAAUAAAGAAGAUGGGAAAUAUAUGGAUAUCAUUACAAAUAUGAGAGAAAAUGGAUAUGGAUACAUGAUUAAAAAAGUGUUCUCCCACAUUGAUAUUCUUGGAGAUGAAUUGGCCACCGAUAUCUUGUGUAAUGAAGGUAUUUCCAGAAAUGAUGUUCCUAAAGAAUGGAAGAGUGUUUACGAUGAAAUAAGAGUAAGAGCAGAAGAAGAAAAAUCAUCAGAAGUUAGAAAUGAUAUGGAAGAUCAAAAUGAUAUGGAAGAACAUCUUGGAGACUUAUCAGGAAAUGAAAACAUACAAAGCAUGGAUACUACUGAUUCUAUAGAAUCUGUCACUAGUCUUGAUAAAGAUGCAUCCAACUUGAUGGCUGUUGACUCGUUUGGGCUUAAAGUGGUGAGAUAUACCCUUCUUGGACUUAAGACUGAUUCAAACCAAUUGCAAGAAUUUGUAGAUAAUCUUCAACAAGACCUCGAUGUUAAUGUUUUGGGAGAUAACUCGUCUCGUCGUGAUUAUUUUGACAUUUAUAAAUCAUUGGAAACAGAUGAACAACGUAGCAAGUUCAAUGAAGUACUUGAAUUAUUUAACGAAGAACGUCAGAAACAAUUGGAAUCCAAGGGAGUUGAUGCUGCUCGUGAAAAAUGGAAGCAUGAAUAUGAAGAUAUGAAGGAACGUGGAACUUUUUCCAUGCAAAAAUCUCUCAAUGUUCAACUUUUCAAAUGGUACACUGAUAUGCUCCCAUAUGUAGAACAAGAAGUGGUGGAAUGUCAAAAGCUUCUCGAUAGCAAGGACAAUAUUAGGCUCCUUUCUAUUAAACCAGAAGAAAGACAAUUGAUCAAGGAUAGACUUUUCUAUGCACCAUACUUGACGUUGGUUCCUCCAAAGAAGAUGUGUGUCAUUGCUAUUCUUGAACUUCUCAAGUUGAACUCCACUGGUGGUAUUGUCGAUGGGAUGAGAACAGCUAGAGCUGUGGUCCUGGUUGGUAAGGCUGUUGAAUUGGAAUAUAAAUCACAAAAGUUGUUGAAAGUAGAGGGUAACUCUAAAUUAUGGAUGAACAAAAAGAAUACUCAUGAAUUAAAGAAAUAUCUUCAAAGAAAGAGAGAUGUGAAAUACACACCUCAAAGAGCAGUGGAAGAAACAGAAUGGACAGGUGUUGUUCAUGCCAAGGCUGGUGAAGUCCUCACGAGGUUGUUGAUGUAUGUUGCCAAAGUUCCUGUGAAUGGUGUUGACCCUACAACAGGAGCAAAUGUUACUGGACUCCAACCUGCUUUCCAUCAUACUUUCCAAUUCAUGAAUGGUCAGAAAUUAGGGGUUUUGAAAAUCCACAAGAGUUUAAUUAAACAACUUGCAGGGGAUAAUUUGACAAAUGCUGUGCAACCACAACUUUUGCCAAUGCUUGUUCCACCUAGACCAUGGACUUCAUAUGCACAUGGAGGCUUCCUUUAUUCUCAAAACUAUCUUGUGAGAAUUAAGGAUUCGGCUGAAACAACUGCAUACCUUAAGGCAUCCAGUGAAAAGGGACAUCUUGAUCAAGUCUACCAAGGGUUGAAUGUAUUAGGAGAAACCGCCUGGUCAGUCAAUCGUAAGGUCUUUGAAGUGAUUAGUGCCAAAUGGAAUACCGGGGAAAAGUUUUUGGAUAUUCCAGAUUUAGGAGUGGAUCCUAAAUUACCACCUGCACCACCAAAGAACGCGGACCCUCAUGUGAAAAGAGAUUAUCAACAGCUUGUACGAAAAUUGCUCAAUGAAGCUGCCGGAUCUCGUUCUCAAAGAUGUGACUCUAACUAUAAGUUGGAAAUUGCUCGUGCCUUUUUAGGUGAAAAGAUUUACUUCCCACAUAAUGUUGAUUUCCGUGGGAGAGCAUACCCAUUGUCCCCUCAUUUCAACCAUUUAGGAAAUGACAUGACCAGAUCCUUAUUCUUGUUCUGGGAAGGUCGUAAAUUGGGAGAAAGAGGAUUAGAAUGGUUAAAAAUUCAUCUUGCCAACUUGGCAGGUUUGGAUAAGAAGCCAUUAAAUGAACGUUUGCAAUACACGAAUGACAAUUUGGAAACUAUCUUUGCAUGUGCUCGUGACCCAUUAAGUGAAUCUGGUUCUUGGUGGCUUAAAGCUGAUAAACCAUGGCAGGCAUUGGCUGUUUGUUUUGAAUUAGAAGAAGCCUACAAGUUGGAGAACCCUGCUGACUACGUUUCCCAUAUCCCAGUUCAUCAAGAUGGUACUUGUAAUGGUCUUCAACAUUAUGCUGCCUUGGGUGGUGAUGUUGAAGGUGCUAGACAAGUCAACUUGUUACCAUCCGACGCUCCUCAAGAUGUUUACAAGUUCGUGGCUGGACUUGUGCAAAAGAGAAUUGAUAAGGAAGCAGAAGAAGGUGAAGAAUAUGCCAAAUUCAUCCAAGACAAGAUUACUAGAAAGGUUGUAAAACAAACUGUUAUGACCAAUGUUUAUGGUGUCACGUUUGUUGGGGCUGUUGCUCAAAUUGAAAAGCAAAUUGAACAUUUCUUUACCAAUGAAGAAAAGGCAGCUAACGCCCCUGGUAAAGUUUCAAGAUAUCUUACCAAUCAUGUAUUCGCAUCGAUGAGAGAACUUUUCGAAGGUGCUCAUCAAAUUCAAGAUUGGCUUGGUCUUUGUGCUAAGAGAAUCUCCAAGUCGGUACGUAUUGAUCAUGAGGACAACACUGGAAAUAACACCAAUAAGCCAAGUCAUUUAUCAUCGGUUAUUUGGACUACUCCAUUGGGUUUGCCAUGUGUCCAACCAUAUAGAUCAACCAAGAAACAAAUCAUUUCUACAAACUUACAAGAUAUUGUGAUCACUGAUCCAUUCGGAGCUGCACCUGUUGAUGCUAGAAAGCAACAGGCAGCAUUCCCACCAAACUUUGUCCAUUCAUUGGACGCCACCCACAUGUUAUUAACUGCUGCUGCAUGUGGUAAAGACGGUAUUGCAUUUGCAUCGGUCCAUGAUUCAUACUGGACUCACGCAGCUGACGUGGACUUGAUGAACAACCAUUGUAGAAGUCAAUUUAUCAACCUUCAUGAAGAUAACUUGAUUCUUAAACUCCGUAGUGAGUUUGAAAGAAGAUACCGUGGAUGUUUACAAUUGAUCAACAUCCCUGGUGAUCAUGAAGUGGCAGUCCAAGUGAAGGAUGUACGCAGAAACAUUGUCAAGAGACUCGGUAGAGCAUUGACGGUUGCAGAUGAAGUAUAUUUGGAACAAAAGAGACAACAACUUCUCGACUCUGAUGACCCUGCCAAGGUUCAAAUGGGUCGUGAAAUGGUCACCACCGUAAGUGUGACCGAAGGCCAUGGUUUAGAAGAACUCAAUAUUCUGUCCGCCCAUAAGAGAGCCAUGCAAAUAUUGAUCCCAUUGAAAUUCCCUGAAAUCCCCGAACGUGGUGAUUUGGAUAUCAAACAAAUCAAGGAAUCCAAGUACUUCUUCUCUUGA